CUCGCCAAAACUGGAAGUUAACUUACCCGGCUAAAGGAAAGAAGAGCAAGAUGUCUGCCGACGACGUGAGUGAUUUUAUUCGACAAAACCGAGACGUGGCCAAGCAAGUGGAGACACACCGAGGACACUGGGAGAGCAAUAAGCAUUGGGAGCCUCGGAGGGAGUUUAUACUGCGGAACUUAGAGCAAUAUGAAGACGACCAGUUGGACCACCUGCUUGCUAUGUCCAUGGUGUGGGCCAACAAUGUCUUCCUCGGCUGCCGGUAUAACACAGAGCUCCUGGAAAAGGUGAAGGAAAUGUCGGAAGGCAUCGAGGUGGAGGAUGCACCGGUUUUCAAGACAAGGGAUGAGAUCAUGAAGCAGCAACAGGGCCGAUGACUGUUUUCUUCUGCUUUAUGGAACAUACAGUGACUACUGUCUGGAAUAGGAGUGUGGAUCUUUGGGCACCGCCCAAUUUGAUCCAAUUCAAAGCUAUGAUUAUUUGGUAUUAUAAUGAAACUUUUUCAAAACAGGUUACAGGUUAGAAAAGCUCAUUCUGGCUGCAUGGAGAAAGCUUAAAACGUUUAAAACAUUGAUUACUGAAAAAAAUUUGAAUCUAUAUUUGAAAAAGGUGAGUCAAUUUAGAAUCUGAAUGAAGAUGUAAAUAGAUUUUUUUGUGCACCCGUAGUCUGUCAUCAAUUGAAUUUCUUAUGGGAUGUGGCAAGAACAUCCACUUUUACUUGUGUAUUUUCUAACAGAAUCACGUUUUCAUGACACUUUUGUAACAAAUUCAGAUGAAUUGUAAUC